CUAUGAUUGGUCUGAUCGCUGGAUCGGUGAACCAAUUGGAAAAUCCAGUUCAAGUUGUUUUAGCAAAAACCAAUCUCUUCUCUGAACCGGAAAACUGUAAACCGGUCAGUACUUGAUCCAUAAGAAACCCUCCGAGUGAUUUGAAGGGUUUGAGCUGUGUUGAAAAUGGUUCGUCGGCUCUCUCUAAACCCCUCUUUUUGUCGACUGCUUCUUCACGCCGUCGAGGAAUUCUUCUCCACCAACGAAUCCGGCGACGUCUUAUCACCACCUUGUCGAAUCUUUAGUUGAUGUUGUUUAAAGGUUUUAGCUAAUAAGGGCAUGAAACGGAUCUGCUCGGUUUCAAGUGUUCAACUUUAAGUUUCAGAGCUUUAGCAUCGCCACGUUCCUUGAACUAUCCCCUGCAGUGUAUCAAGCGUUCAUCAGUUCGGAUGGAGAGUAGCAACUUUUCUUCUGGUGUCAGAACCGAGAGUAGUGUGAAGCCAAGAGGAGCAUUGAUAGUUCUAGAAGGUCUUGAUCGCAGCGGGAAAUCAACACAGUGUGCUAAGCUACUCUCUUUCUUGAAUGGUUUAGGACAUCCGACCGAGCUCUGGAGAUUCCCCGAUAGAGAGACGAGUGUCGGUCAGAUGAUAUCCGCGUAUCUUUCUAAUAAGUCGCAGUUAGAUGAUCACACAAUUCAUCUCCUUUUCAGCGCCAAUCGUUGGGAGAAAAGGUCGUUGAUGGAGGAAAAGCUAAAAACAGGAACUACGCUUAUCGUGGAUCGUUAUUCGUAUUCUGGUGUUGCAUUCUCAUCAGCUAAAGGUCUCGAUAUCGAAUGGUGCAAGGCUCCCGAAAUCGGGUUACUGGCUCCAGAUUCUGUACUUUACCUGGACAUUUCACCUGAAAGAGCUGCUGAGAGAGGUGGAUAUGGAGAUGAGAGGUAUGAGCGAGUGGAGUUUCAGAAGAAAGUUGCAGACUUUUAUCAAACCCUUGGCGAUUCUUCAUGGAAGAUAAUCAAUGCCAGUGAUGCCAUGGAGGAAGUAGAGAAGAAGAUUCAACAAGUGGUAUUAGAUCAAGUCAAAGAAUGUACUGAAGGAAAGCCUCUGUCUCUCCUAUGGUCGUCAUAGAACGUUUUCGAGUCAUAGCACUUGCAAGUUUAGUGAUUUUGAAGGAACUUUUGUUGAAGUUUAUACUAUGUUGUGCCAUCUAAGCCCAUUAACAGGCCCAAAAGUUUAGUUUAUGUCGUCACUCAUGACAUCUUAAUCGAUUAUUUUGGUGUAAACUAAUUGAGCGUCAUUAAGUAAAGGACAAAUCAUUAAACGAUAGUGCAUAAGAUUAACUAAACCCAAGUUGAAGAAUAAU